AUGUCGCAAUCCGGCACACUGCAGCUUGCCAUGGACAACAAUGGAGCCACUCCACAGUCCACACCACCCAUGCACCCUGAGCUUCUCAUGGCGGCAUGCCAUGGCUGGCAUGGGCAACUGACGAGCCUUCUCAACGGGGAAGAUCAUCAAGCCGUACCAAUCGAGCACCGUCGACCUAGCAACUUGGCCGCCGAUGCAUCUCAAGCAGCAGUGUUCGUUGAGAUCGAUAUCCAUCGCAGCAACAUGAUGAGCCCACCAUUGCCGACGACGACGACGUCGCUUCUCCUCCAAGGCGUCACUUCAGACGGGGACUCCGCACUCCAUGUGGUAGCAGCCGCCGGAGACGACGACAGGCACCUGCGAAGCGCCAUGGUGAUCUACAGCAAGGCCAGGCACCUCUUGGAGGCACGCAACAAGAGGAGGAGCACGCCGUUGCACGUUGCCGUCAGGGCGGGCAACGUCGACAUGCUCGCUCUUCUUAUCCGCUUGGCCGGAGAAGAGGAAGGCGGGGAAGACAGGAGGAGGGCACUCCUGAGGAUGGAGAACGGCGUUGGGGAGACGGCCCUGCACGAGGCGGUCCGCGGGGACGACAUGCGGGCGGUGGCCGUGCUGAUGACGGCGGACCCGUGCCUGGCUCGUGUCCCGGACGCCGGCGUCUCGCCGCUGUACCUGGCCGUCGCUCUACGCCGGUACGCCAUCGUACGGGACUUGCACGCGAGGGACAACCAGCUGUCCUACGCUGGACCGGCUGGACAAAAUGCCUUGCAUGCCGCGGUCUUUCAAAGCAAAGGUGCAUACACAAAUUUUAACUAA